AUGCCUGGGGCACUCACCUGGGCCUACUUAAGGCGGCCUUCGGCAGCCAUUUUCCUCACUGGAGCCAAUGUGGUUCCCUUGAACCAGCCCUUACGGUUGUUAUUACGACUGCAAGAUGGACCUCCGGAACAGCCACCAAGAAACUUUGAAAAAAGACUUAAUCCUCACAGCGGGGCAUUGCUGGCGCGGCUCCGGUCUGCACGUGGUCAGGUCAGGGUGGGGCGCAGCCCACACCCGGCCUGCGGGGGCGGGACCCACGGAGGUAAGGGAGCAGGGCGAUCCGCGGUGCCGAGCGCGCGGGCGCCGAGACCGAGACCCGGCUUCGCGGCCGCCGGAGCCGCCGGGCGGCGAGUGCUCAGAGCCCGGCUGCGAGUGGCCUGGCGCGCCGGGAGGGGGCGCGGAGCGGGCGGCUCCCGGAAGCGGACGCAGGUAAGGGCCGGCGGCUCCGGGCCCCGGAGGGCGCGCCUCGCCCAGAGGGUCCGGCCUUCACCGGCCCUGAGCGGCCGCGGCUGCUCGGGCCGCUGCUCCUCCCCGAGCUAG